UGUCCUCAGGUCGAGUCGACCUAUCAUAGUGGAUUAUACGGUUAUGGCUGACACCUGCAUGCAGAUGCAUUAAAACCCGUGUUGGUGGGGUUGCCCAAACCUUCGUCACGACCUCGGGACACUUCUGGCCGGUAGCACGACCACAUUGCAAUCUACGUACGAUAGAAGCGCACAAUGGAUUGCUUGCUUUGCGCAAAGAUUGCGCGCAGCACGCUUAGGACAAAGUCAAAUCGAGAGCGGGCCGACAGGAUUGCACAGUUCAAGGCAUUCAAGAACAACAAUGCGUGCCCGACAUGCCGAAAGGUCGUUGAUGUUUUCUCUGCAGUGGGCAGCGCCCUCAUGGAUGAUGCUGAAGUGACCAUAGCAUUUGAGGAGUCCCAAAGGUAUUACAGAAGAUGCUGGACACUAAGCAUUGCCCAACAUGGAAUAUACAUCGAACUUCUCCGUCUGAAUCGUGAAUUGGGUGUUGAUGAGGACUUUGCAACGCCAGUCGACGAUCCCCAUAUCAACCUGGAUCAGCCGAAGCGAUGGAUCAAAGACUGCGAUGAAUACCAUGGCGGGACAUGCCACACAAUAUGCGACCCUUGGGCUCGUAUGGAAUAUCCGAAGGAGCUGAUCCUCAUCGACGUCGAGAGGCAAUGCUUGGUGCGACAAAAGGGAUCGCGGAGAUAUCUGGCACUGUCAUAUAUGUGGGGCAAACCUGUUGCAGGCUUCGAGCCCUUCCAAACCAAGCUCAACAAUUUCGACAGCCUUCGUCAGGAAGGGGCGUUUAACUUGACCAUGAAUGCUUCCCGUUUACCGAAUACCAUCAAAGAUAGCAUUCUAUUGACGGGACUCCUGGGUGUACGUUAUCUGUGGGUGGAUAGGUUCUGCAUCAUCCAGGACGAUCCGACCACAAAGCCGAUGUUUCUAAACAUGAUGGCGUCGAUAUAUGCGAACUCCUAUUUUACUAUUGCUGCAUGCGAAGGCAGCGAUGACACGGCAGGAUUACCUGGGAUAGGCGACCGAUCGAGGCCUCUACCAUUUCAGACUUUCGACUUCGGACCCUCAUGCCGCAUGAUCUCAGUUGAGCCUAUCCGGCCGAUCAAUUCCCCCAACGACCUCUAUCAUACGCGAGGGUGGACAUAUCAAGAAUGGAGUCUAAGUACAAGGGUGCUUGCGUUCCACCAUCAUACCGUAUCCUGGAUGUGCCGGAAGUCACGGGAGCGUACCGAGAAUGGUGCCCAGCCUGUCCCUUCAUAUAUCCCCACCGUCAUAAACAUCGAAGAAGGGGAGCACCUCUGCUCCAGGUGGCCCAAUUUUAAGCUCUAUGCUACUUUGGUUUCGGACUACAGUGAACUCAACUUGACAUACCCUGAGGACGCCUUCAGAGCGUUCUCGGCCAUGGUUGCAGUCACGGGACGCCCGAUGGCGGGAGGGAUUCUCUUCGGAUUGCCGGAAGUCAUCUUCAGCGGUGCUCUUCUCUGGAAACCGCGAGGUUUGAUUGAGCGUAGGAAGGACAGACACGGUAAUGUCAUGCAAGAGUUCCCGAGCUGGAGCUGGCUGGGCUGGAGUGGGCACAUUGACACGGAAGCCUGGGCACAGGCUCAUGCUUAUUAUUCCGUCGACAAUGGCGAUGUUCUUGCUGGUACUCCUUACAGAUUUACUAUACGCCCACUGAUUGAUUACUUCAAGACGAGGGGAUUGGUUGUUAGGAAGAAGAUACACAACGGCUACUACGACACCGCCAAACGGACGGAUCUCGAUCUCCACCAUGAGAGCCUCCCGCCAACCUGGAGGCUCCGGCAUCCUGUACCCCUCCUGUCUCAGCCUGAGCCACCUGUCGACGAAGAAUGGGAAACUGUAAUCGAGUUCCGAACCAGCCGCCUUGUUCUGCGCCUGGGCGAUUGCAGAAACGACAAGCACGGCAACACAGAAGAUUGCGAUCUACUGACGCCAGACGGAGACGUUGCAGGCCUGAUGACCUAUGGCCAGAGGGGCACCCUAACUCCAGGCCAUCCUUGUGAACUCAUCUGCAUAGGGCAAACGGAGGCGGAAUGGAUGUGGCAGGCGACUGGCACGAUUUUCAAGGAAAGUCAACAUUUCCACAAAGACUGUCCACCGGAGUGCUAUUGGGCGCCAGAAUCUUGCUUACUGGGGGAGAAUUGGAUGUAUGAGUGCUAUAAUGUAAUGUGGAUCGAGCGAAAGGAUGGAAUUGCGUAUAGGAAAGGGGUAGGGAGGGUCUUCAAGGCGAUCUGGGAUCAGGUAGAGACCGAGGAGGUAGACGUGAGACUGGAUUGAGUCUGGGGUGCACCUUGCAUCUAGGUUCAGGGUCAUUCUUCGGUCUGGAUGCCUACUCUUUGCAUCCCUUGGUCAGUUCGAUAUGAGUGCUCUAGAGGUGACUGCCGCUUUUCACAUCGACUGAAUACUCUCUGCGCUUUGCCUGUUUCCUUGUGUAUUGAGAAUUUCCUCCUACAGGUGAACAGCUAGGAGCCGCAGCG